AUGCAAGAAAUAAAAAGCAAGUACAGACAGUGGCGAGCGCUAGUAAAACAUUUUGAGUUAAACGACUACGACACCAACCGGUGCACACCACCUAUCUAUAACGUGACGGCAAAAAUUAACGCGGAGAGUGCGAAAUACAUCCAGCUCUGUGAAAACAACGACAUUGACGGCGUCCUCGAUUUGUUUACCGAUGACCUGAUUGUCAUGCAAGAAGGGUACCCCACUGCCAUAGGGAAAAACGAUGCAAAGCAAUACUUCUCAUGGAUUAACGAUGUCAAGACGAUGACCAUCGACACUAAAGAAGGGUCUCCGCUGAACAGCUGCUCGGGAGAUAACUUCGUCUUUGAGCGCACGGAAAUUAAGUCCAUCAGCAGUACAGAUCAAGUCAGCAAAGGAAAGAGUUUGGCUAUUUGGAAGAAAGUUGGUGACAGUUACAAGAUGUACACCCACAUGUACAACUCUGACUAAGGUAACGAUACAUUCGUAACGCAAGUGCUAAAUUGACGUGAAAUUAAUUCAGAAGUAAAACUUAUAGUGAUUUACUCGUUACACAAUUUUAGUGCACCACUUAUACAUGUAUAAAUGGAUCUCUAAUCAUUGCGUUCAAACACCCCAGCCUCCCCAUUGUGGACAAUUCUGUAUCUGAUACUGCUUUGCACUUAUGUAAUUAGAACAAAUUUGGAAAAAUGAAUAAAUUAUAGAAACAAGCGCAGGACCUGUGGGAUGCCUAACCGGUAUUACAUUCCAAAUUGUUGUUACAGUUUAUCUAUCAGAUUUUCAAAAUAGUUGGUUUCUUAUUGGGCUUUAUUUGGGGUCUUGGUUUUUAAUAACGACUAUAUUAUAUAAAAGAUCAUUUUGGCGAUAGAUAUGCGUCAUUUCAGGUAGCGAUUUAAACAUCUUAAAUGUUAAAGUAUUCUCCGAUAAGUGGUACAGGGAUUAAAAAAUAGGUUUUUAAACUUUUCUUUGUUUAACACAAAUAUUUGAAGUUAAGAUAUUAAACAUGUCUUCAUUAAAUUAUAAAGGUUUAAUCUGUUCAAUCUUCUGCG